UCCAGUUUCCAUCCCUACCAUCCGCGUACAACUUGAUAUCAGACACACCAAAAAGGCUUCUUACGUAUCGAUAUCCUGCCGCCCAGCCAGCAAAGCUGUCGCAAUCAAGAAUGCCAGAAAGACAAGAGCUGCAUCCAAGACUGAGGGGGGCUCGGCAUCUGGGCAUCCAGGGGAGCAGCCCCCUAUUUCUCUUAGCUACCAGCUUUUUCUUGGGUAUCACCUGUCCCUCCAUCAGGAGAGACACAGCCCGACACCGUCUCACCCCAUUGUUUCUGCCAAGAAGGUUGGAAGAACUCUAAACAUCUUCUAUGUCACAAUACGUGCAGUGUGGGGGAUAGACGGGGGCACACCCUCACCUCGAGAUGGACGGGCGAUGAUCUUGAGCAAGGCACGGGCGGGACGACGCUCAGCGGAUGCUGUGCGAUGCAACUCCUUCCGUUUGAUGAGACGUCGAGAUGUGUGCCCAAUUGCGGGCCUCUGUGGGCCGGGGUUGAUAUCUUUUGGAUCCGCCAGUCAGGAACUGGUUUCAGCUUGCUUUCCCAGCCCAUUGCAUCUGUUCAACCACCUGACCGUGUUUUACCCCAUGGCUGUCCUGUUGUUGGGAAGCGGUGUACUGCAGCUGGCGCACAUAUCUGUCACUCGACAAGACAGAGUUUUUAUGGGCACAGGCCAUGAUUCGACCACUGUCCCCCAUCUUGAGAUGCAUGGCCUUCUGACCCUAGAUUCCCGUCAAGCUGCCGCUGGUGGAUGCGAUGCGUGGGGGAGAGACAUGCCUCUGCAUUCCGGGGAAGACUUGAUGUGAAAGUGACCAGCGCAUUGGCAAUGUUGAAGAAGCCGUCAUCGUGGCACCGGCCGGUCUUGGUCCCACCAUGCCCGACCGGCUUGUCCUCCGAUCUGAACUCUGCUGCCACCAAACUCACCGCUCGCCUGCUUGGUUUGUCAUCUCUUGGCACUCGGUCGUCAUCGGGCCAGACCCGAAAAACUAGCCCAUCCUCCCCGUUGUCUGUUCCGUCAGGGUGGGAACGACUCCGUACUUGUUCCAAAUUUAGCUUGCUGCCCAGCCACCAGCCACCACCGUUUUCGCACGUUUUCGGCAGUAUUGCGCAUCCCACGUCGGUCACCAGCCACCAAGAUAUCGUCAACACCACAGGUCCAUACACUAUUCGUACAGCCCAGUGUGGCAAUGUACUCAGGAGAGAGUGCAAUCCGGUGACUGUUUUGGAGAUCAUGGCUCGCGUCACUUCAGGCCUUUUGACAAUUGCAACCGAAUACGGCAACUGUGGCCGUUACGUCCACGCGUCGUUUAACCUCAUUGCGGGGUAG